UCUCUCUCCCUUCCUCUCUCUCGCUCUCUUUCUUUCUUUCUCUCUCUUUCGGUGCCUCUGGCUCUCUGUUGCUCUCUCUCCACAGUGGACAUCGAAUGGGUCAGUUCUCUGGGCUCGGAGGGGGAGGAUGGUGAUGAGGUGGGUCUGUGGAGCCCGGAACCCCAGGACUACCAGGGCAGCCUGGACAAGACCAGUCUGACCCCCAGCGAGGGUGACGGAGACGGGGAAGGGACCGAGCCGGGAGGUACCCCCAGCCCCAGGGGCCAGUCAACCCAGCCCCAAAGCCCCAUCCCCAGGGAGGGCCACUGGGCAGAGGGGGAAGAGGAGGUACCUGAGAGUGGGAUAACUAUGGACAGGAAGCAGGAAUCUCUCAUGACCUACACAGGUCAGAGGUCAGACAGCAGGGCCUUGGAGGACCACUAUGACUUCCUGGUUCAGUUGAGAAAGGCAUCCUCCCACCAACCUGCCUCACACCACUACCAGCACCACAACCACCUGCCCCCCGACGGCAGAAGCCCUGCCCAAGCCAUGUACCACACUGGCAGUCUGCGCCUCCGUGAUGACCUCCCUCCCGUCUGGUCUGUUGGGGCUCGGAGCUCACCUGAGAGACCAGACAGCGUCCCUUUAAAUCUACAGGCUUGCCCGUUCUGCCAGCAUACCUUCCACCGCGGAGGGUCCCUACGCGAGCACAUCAGGUUUUGCCACGAGCGGGACGGGGGACACUAUAGAGCUCAGAUGGAACGACACAUGGGACUGCACAGUCAGCACAUUGACCAUGGUGCGGAGAGCAGGAAGUUCAAGUGUUUUCAGUGCGGGAAAUCCUUCAAGUACAAACACCACCUCAAAGAGCACCUCCGCAUCCACAGUGGUGAGAAACCAUAUGAAUGUUCCAACUGCAAGAAGCGCUUCUCUCACUCUGGCUCCUACAGCUCACACCUCAGCAGUAAGAAGUGCUUGACAGGGGGAGGAGGAGGAGGA